CUUUCCCAUGACUCCAUGGACAAUAGAAAGCCCUAGAAUACUUACCUCCCCAUAUUCUAAUAAAAAAUUACCACAGACCACGGAGAGUGGAGAGUCCCCCUCUCGUUCCCAUUUUUCCUACAGUACAGGCCCAACAGUUUCGGGAUUCUCUUUCUCUUCGAUAGCUCGAAUAGAGCAGCAGAGUCUCUUCUCCUCCUUUCAGUCUUCUCUUCCUACUGCUACCCUUAUUUUUACUAAUUACCUUUCCUUUUGCUCUUCGGCAUACUAAACUACUUGGUCGAAUCUGAAGUCAAUAAGGACAAUUUCAACUUCAGUUCUGCUUUUCUUUUGUCAAAAGUAUUACGAGGAAGAAUUCGAGCUAAUCUAUUUGAUCUUUUUUUUUUUUUUGGUUAUUCGUUGUGAAUAUUUUCCUGGGCUGUUUCUUUUCUCCAUUGUUUUUAUCAGAAUCUCUGGUGGGUUUUGGUUUAUUUAUUCUCCUCUAAGUGAAUUAAAGUCUGUUUUCCAUUCGAUCCCUGUCUUUAAACUUCUUCUGGUUCCUUUUCAUUUUCUAUCUCUCAAGUUAUUAUUUGGGGCGGCGAGUUUUUGGUGUAAAGGGAUGGGGGGCUCAAGGCAUAAUUUUCCUUCAUGGAUGAGCGCAGCGGCAUCAAGAGUCGAUUUCGACGGGAACGUUUCUUCGAUGUCUGACGCCAUGUUUAAAGAUAGGAGGGAAGUUUCUUCACCUCAAUCCAACAAUCCUAACACACUUCCCGAUGCCAAUUUGGGAUUCGGAGAGCGUGCCUUCUCUGCCGCUGGUGCUGCCUUCCUAUCAGCGAUCCUUGUUAACCCCCUUGAUGUCGCCAAGACGAGAUUACAAGCUCAGGCCGCUGGAGUUCCUUAUUCACAUUCAAGACAUCAAGUUAAUGGUUGUAUGGCUUCUCUUGGACCAGACACGAUGUUUUCAGACCUAAGAUGUUCUCCAUCAUGCACUCGUGCCGGAUAUUUUGGUGCUGAAAUGGCUUGCCCUCCUGAUUGUUUUCGGUACAAGGGAACACUUGAUGUCUUCUACAAAAUCAUUAGACAGGAAGGAUUUGCAAGGCUGUGGAGAGGCACUAAUGCAGGCUUAGCACUGGCUGUGCCAACUGUUGGGAUAUAUUUGCCAUGCUAUGACAUCUUCCGUAAUUGGAUCGAGGAAUUUACGACCAAGAAUUCUCCUAGCUUGACACCAUAUGUCCCCUUAGUGGCAGGAUCAGUUGCACGAUCCUUGGCUUGCAUUACCUGCUAUCCAAUUGAAUUAGCAAGAACCCGCAUGCAGGCAUUUAAAGAAACUCAAACUGGUGCAAAGCCUCCAGGAGUAUGGAAAACUCUACUUGGGGUCCUUUCACCUGUCAGGAGUGCAAAUAGUAACCUAAAUAACUUUCAAAGCUACCGCGUCUUAUGGACAGGUGUUGGAGCACAACUUGCCCGUGAUGUCCCCUUCUCUGCUAUUUGUUGGUCAACCCUUGAGCCAAUAAGGAGAAGAAUCCUUGGUUUGGUUGGUGAGGAUGCUAAUGCUGGGAGCAUCUUUGGGGCAAACUUCUCUGCUGGUUUUAUUGCUGGUAGUCUUGCUGCUGCUGCUACGUGUCCCUUGGAUGUUGUGAAAACUCGAAGACAAAUUGAGAAGGACCCAACAAGGGCAUUGAGGAUGACAACUAGGAAGACAUUGGUGGAGGUCUGGAGGGACGGGGGAAUUAAAGGACUUUUUACAGGUGCUGGCCCACGUGUUGGUCGUGCGGGUCCAUCAGUCGGGAUUGUUGUUUCCUUCUAUGAAGUAGUGAAGUAUGUUCUACCUCAAAGAAGUGCAUCUUCAUAAUGAAGUGGGAGAACUUUGCAGAUCUAGGAUUCCAGUCCAUACAUCAUACUUCGGUCAAGGAAAGAAGAAUUUGGCACAGAAGAAAUUCUUGCAAUCUCCUCAGUUUUGCCUUUGAAAUGGUAGAGUUAGAGGCGAAGAAAGCUUCCUCUGGAUCAUUUCUCGGGCUGAUGGCUGACGCUGGUAAUCUCUUUCUUCGUGGCCAAGUCGACCCAAUUUUGCCUCUAUUCACGUAAAAGUUUCGUCAAUAAUUCUGAAAUUUUGUUACAUUUAAGUCGAUUUUUUUUCUUUUUUCCGGUCGAGGUUGGGGUGGUUCGGUUCGGUGAUAUCUUUUCCGUCAUCUUUUGAGGCCAUUUCAUGUGGUUUGAUUACAAAUUGGCGGAUUCUUGACUGAUAUCCAACCCUUUGUUUUAGUUACAAAAAAAAGGACUGAUGUCUAACCCCUUUCUGUGAAUUUAUAUUUCUUUUUUUUUUCUUUCCCUUCCGAGUAGCACAACGCUACAGCCCCGAGCUAUCCGAGUUGUUUCUCAUGGUCGGUAGUUGAAGCCUUUGCGGGCUCACGAUCACCGAAAGAUUUGCUUUGAUUGAUCUCCGGUAAACCAUCUGCAACACUGAACAGGUAUAUGUUCCCCCGGGAAGAUAUUUUGACCGAUUUGUUAGAUAUUUUUCUCUGCUUCUUCCACCACUAAUAAUUGUUGUAGUCCGCGAGGACCUCUUCCGCAUUUUAUUUAUAGUAUAAGAAACAAUCCAAAAUUUUCGAUA